AUGCAGAAUAUGAAACAGAUGAAGCUUCUCUGUUUAACAACCUCGCUGCUUGGCAUUCUCUGUCUGACGCGUGGCAAGAUUUCAGAGUAUCAGCUGGAGACAGAGACUUUGAGUCAGUGUGAGCAGCUCAGAGCUGUUAGUGCGGCACAGGAACGUGAACAUGUCCCUCAGUGUUCUGAGGACGGCCGCUUCAGACAUGUUCAGUGUAAUCGUGGAGGUGGCGAAUGUUGGUGCGUAAGUGCAGAAGGACUGGAGAUACCUGGAAGUCGACAUAAUGGGUCCACGGUUCAUUGUUUGACUUCAUGCCAGCUCCAGAGACAGAGAGUACUCCAGACUGGAGACACAACCUUUGUACCUGUAUGCCAGGACUCGGGGGAAUAUGAGCAGGUGCAGUGUGAUACAUCACGUCGCCAGUGCUGGUGUGUGGACCAAGAGGGCAUGGAGAUCUAUGGAACCAGACAGAAUGGAAAACCCUCAAAGUGUCCUGGUACGUGUGAGGUGAGACAGCGGCGGAUCCUUCAUGGUAUUGGAGAACCCUCACCCCCACAGUGCUUGGAUGAUGGGGGCUUCUUACCUGUGCAAUGCAAGUUCGUCAACACCACCGACCGGAUGGUGUUUGAUCUGCUACACACAUUUAACAGAAUGCCACAGGUGUUCCAGACAUUCAGUGGCUUCAGAAAAGCUUUUCCAGAGGUCUCCAGUUAUUGUUUCUGUGCAGACAGUCGUGGAAGAGAGAUGCAGAGCACAGGUGUUGAGCUGUUGUUGGAUGAGGUGUAUGAUACUGCGUUUUCAGACCAGACUGCAAAAAACACCUUCUCCCAGUCAAACAUGUACAGAAUCCUACAGCGCCGCUACCUCGCUGUCCAGCUGUCUGUCAGCGGGAAAUUUCGAUGUCCCACCCCAUGUGAGAGUGAACGAGCUGCAUCUGCUCAGAAUGGGAAUUUCUUUGUACCUUCCUGUGCUGAUACUGGAGCAUAUGUACCGACACAGUGUCAGACCGGAGGUCAAUGCUGGUGUGUGGACGCUGAUGGCAAAGAGAUCUUUGGUACACGCCAGUACGGAGUACCACAGUGUAGCACUGGAGUGAAAGACUGCCCGUCUGAGAGGAGACGAGCCCUCUCCGGUCUCUUUUAUGGCCCAGCUGGAGACUUCGGCAAAAGCAGCGUGCUCUCAGUUUCCAAAGAAAGCCGUUCCCUUCUUGAUCCCUGCAGCCCAGAAUUUCAGGAGCUCUUGGCCAACUCUGGUCUUUUGGAAUCGCUGCCAGACUUACAGCGUCCAAAUGUUGGAGACAUCUUGGCUGAGGUUCUCCAAGGAAUGUUUCCCUCCGGGGCUCUUGCCCUGAAAGCACUUGCUCUCACCCCUAAUCCCAAAAGACUCCAGGAGAAUCUCUUUGGAGGAAAAUUCCUGAAGAACGCUGGCAACUUCAACUUUACUGGCGCUGUUGGGACCAGAGGUACCCUUAGUUUCUCUCAGGUUUUCGGUCAGAUAGGUCUGACACAGACUGCCGAAGACUUCAUGCAGUUGGCCAAGAACUUUUUGGACAACUCUGCUAGUGUUAACCUAGACCAAGUGAUUACUGAUGCCUAUGGCCGUUCUGUAAACUUGAAACACAACCGAGAAGUUAUUCAACUUGUUUCACUGACUCUUGAGAAUCAGCAGUUUCUCACUACCCUUCGAGAAACCAUCAAACAGCUGAAGGCAGAAGAAAACAUUCAGUUAGGUCAACUGUUCCGAGCCGUUUUCCAGAAUCCAGAUGUUUGUAAACCUGUGACAUCCACCUCGACACUGUACGUGCCCCGUUGUACUGAGGAUGGACGAUAUCAGGAUGUUCAGUGUCAGGGAUCAGAAUGUUGGUGUGUGGAUUCUCGUGGUCUGGAGAUAUUGGGUUCUCGCUCCACCGGACCCGGGCGGCGAUGUCCAUCUCAAUGCGAGGAGGAACGUAAAAUGGCUAUUGCAGUUAAAUCCAGCAGUUCUGCAGGCUCUGAGGUUUUCAUACCUAAAUGUGAGAGCAAUGGUGCUUAUGUAACACGACAGUGUGUUGGGAAGAGUUGCUUCUGCGUGGACCGAUCUGGAACAAAACUCCAAAUUUCAGGAAGUUCUCUUCAAUGUCCCACAAGCUGUCAGGCCACAGCGGUCCAACAGUUCCUGACCGCAAUUCGAUCCGUUCUCUCAGAUCUAUCGUCAGCAUCCCAGCUUUCUGACAUAUACAUCCCUCGUUGUGCAUCCGACGGCAGCUGGCACCAGAUCCAGUGUGAUGGACCAUCAGAACAAGCCUUUGAGUUUUACCGUCAGUGGAUACAGAUCACCGGAGAGGACCUACCUGUGUCAGAACUUCUUGGAAUUCUGCGAGCAUAUGCAAGAAACACAGAAGCAAUGGCAACAUUCCGAGCAUUCCUGUCUGAAUUAUUUAAAGCUGGUCACUACAAAGUAUUCCCUGCGCUGGCCAGUUUCGAGAAGUUCUCCGAUAUUCCAUCUGACAUGUUAGACGGGAACGUUGAGGCCAUUUCCGGGCCGUCAGUUUUCCUGAACCCACUCUCUCUAUGGAGGCUUAUAAGCGGCGAUGAUUCUGGUUAUCCAGGCCCACUAUCAGACUUCAGUGUUCCUCUUGGGAGCGUUCAUCUGCGUCAGUGCUGGUGUGUUAACCAGCAAGGGGACUUAGUAGCAGGCAGCAAAGUUCCUGUUGGCCAGAUUCCCAAAUGUCCAGACACAUGUUCUGCGGUUCACAGCGAGGUCUCAGAGUUCCUGAAGGAGGCCGAAGAGCUCAUCUCUCUUUCCAACAGCUCAUAUGUGCCUGUGGGUUACGGGUUUCUCCUGGCUGAGAGUGUCCAUAUGAGCCCUCAGGAGCUGGAGCAGAUGCGCUCCUCAAAGUUCUCCAUCGCUCAAACUUUGUUGAGCAACGCAGACUCAGCGCUGAGACUUGCAGCUCAUUCUACCCUACACUUCUACUGGCAGACCAAACUGAUGAGCAGUGACACAGACAGGCAGAGUUUAUCGCUGGGCUAUCAGCCCUACAUUCCUCAGUGUGAUGCUUAUGGCCAGUGGCUGCCCAGCCAGUGCUACCCAAGUACAGGUCACUGUUGGUGUGUUGAUGAGGAUGGUAGAUACAUCGAUGAAUCUCUCACUUCUCGGUCUACACCCCCUCAGCAGUGUCAAACUACAUGCCAGAGACUUCAGAAUCACUUCCUGCUCUCUGAUUGGACACAAACAAGCUUUAAUAACACAUACACAUACAGCCCAUUAUGUGAUGAGGACGGCGAGUUUUCAGUUUUCCAGAAGUCCAUUUCAGGCCGUUCAUUGGGGUUGUGUGUGAGCCCAAUAACUGGAAAAAUCAUCCAACCUGCCACCGUCAAUCCAUCUGGAGACCUGCAAUGUCCAGGUUGGUGUUCUCUUCAGAAGACUCAGGCACUGCAGAGAGAUGCUGGUUUGGGGUAUGAGCCUCAAUGUGUGCAGAACGGAGAGCGUUUUGCUCCUUUUCAGUGUGACCUGUCUGACUGUUGGUGUGUAACGCAACGUGGAAAAGAGCUUCCAGCCACUCGGACUCCCCGAAGCACAGGACUAACCCCAUCCUGUGACAUUCCCGAGUGCCCCCUUCCAUUUGGAGACAUUUCCCAUGGUGCCAUUCUGUGCGGCACUCAGAGCGUUGGAGGUCAGCAGACGCAGCGCUGCGAGCUCUUCUGUGACCAAGGCUAUGCCAACGCCCUUCCUGUCACCAAAUUCCUGUGUGAUCCACAAGCAAAGUCCUGGCUGGAUGAUGCACCUCUGUCUCAUGCCUGCCAAAGGUCUCAGGUAUUGCAGACAGUCCAAGUAAAUGUACAUCUUCAGGUGACCUUGGCUGAGGGUCAACAGAGCUGCAGCACACAGAGCGUUGAACUACAGGCUUCUUUCCUGCGUGACAUGAGAGCUGCAGGCCUCUGCAGUCUAAAGGUGACCUCAUUCGAUCAGACCAGUUCAAUUGGGUUGUGUGAUGAGUCGUCUGUGUCUCUUGAGUGCAUGAAUGACAAGCAGCUCAAUGUCGGCAUCACCUUAAGGAGCCGACUCUCUGACCUGCCAACACAGUCACUGCCUGAUCUUCAUGACAUCGACAUGGCGCUAAGCGAGGAGAGGUUGUUAAAUGGAUUGAAGGCAUUAAUCCAAAGGGAAUCAUACCGCUCUGUUUUCCUCUACGACGGCUCUCUCUCUACUCCCCCCUCGUUUGGCUGCAUGCCUGGCUAUAUGCAGCUCCCACAAUCCACUGGGUGUGUGUUGUGUCCGGCUGGUUCAUUCUCAAGCGGUGGUGAAUGUUCUCCAUGUCAUCGUGACACGUUUCAGGCGGAGGAAGGGCAGGUCUUCUGCACUCCCUGCCCCACCGGAACCUCCACUGUGGCCCAGGGAGCCUUCAGUCCCUCUCACUGUCUUACUAAGUGCCAUCAAAGUAACCUAAAAUGUACAAAUAAAGGCGACUUCCUGAUGGCCCAGAUACACCCUAUGUCUGGAAAAUGGUUAUGUGUCACAUCACAGGGGGAGGAGCUUUCUUGGACAUCUUCUGAUGGUCCAAUGACUGUUGAAGAAUGCCAAGUGAUGGAGAAAUUUGAGGUGCUUUUCACGUCUUCCCUGCUCAAAUCAGAGAGCGCCGACAUCCUGAGCUCUGAUUCUUCAAGCCUGCCAACAGAAACACAGCUUAGGAAGUGUGUGCUUGAUUGUGCUCACAAAGACUUGUGUCAACAUGUGUCUAUUUUCAAGGACGAGCAGAAAACAUAUUGCACGCUUUACAGCACCAAUGUGGAUAAUGUUGACUGCGGGACCUCUCAACAAAACAAAGGGUUUCUGGGAAAUGAUGGCGCCGAAACCUUCCGGACUCUCAGCUGCGUUUGGAAAAUAAAAGAAGGAGAUGAACCCAAUCUGAUAGUACUGAGAAAGAAAGGUCAUGAAUUCAGCACAGCGGGACAGAAGAGCUUUGAGAGACUGAGUUUCGGUAAGAGCAGUUCUGGAGUGUAUCGCACACUUGUGUUUGAUGCGACCACGACCACUCUGGCUGAUGUCCAUCGCUUUUGCGUCAACUUCUGCAGCCGUGAAAACUGCUGUGAUGGAUUCAUCCUUAACCAGAAUGUCCUCAAUGGAGGCUCUGUGAUGUGUGGCCUUCUGAGUUCUCCUUCAGUGCUGCAGUGUAGCGAUAAAGACUGGGACGUGAGCGGUGCGGCCUCUGCCAGUCGAAUCUGUGGUGCUGGUGUUGAAUACAACAAACAACAGAAACGUUUUACUUUCAGCUUCGGAGGACAGAAUUUCACCAUCUCGGAUGCAGCGUUAACAGCAUCCAGCACAAACAAAAGCGGUUACCAGGAAACUCUCAUCAGCUUCCAACGAGUCUAUUUGUGGAGAGAGUCUGAUAUGAACACACGUCCAAAAAGUUCCUCAGCUUGCAGUGGAUCCGUUUCAUUCAAUGAUUCCAGAAUAACAAUUUCUGAUUCUGUCAAAGAUACUUUUGAUGUUCUGGAAGAAACCAGUGUCAAAGUGGACCCAGAUGAAGAGCAUCCCAGCCAGCUUUACUGGAUCUUUAAACAUCAGUACACCUUCCAGGAGGCUCAGCUGUGGUGUCUAAAACGAUGCGAGGAAGAAGAACUGUGCCACGUGUCCGACAUUCGGGAUGAGGGCCCGUUGUAUUUCGAGUGUGUGUUAUAUCCUGACACCCGUGUUUGUGGGGCAUACGACAAACCUCUCAGAGAGGCAUGCAGUCUGGUGCUGGCACGGAGCCCUGAAUCUACACACCAGAAGAAAAUUUCCCUGACAGGUAGUGUGAAGAGCUUCUACAGUCGUGUUCCAUUCCAGAAGAUGGUGUCUUAUUCUGUACGCAAUAGAGUGAGCAUGGCCAGUCAAAGCAUCACUGAGGGGUUCUUUGAGUGUGAAAGACGGUGUGAUGAAGAUCAAUGCUGUCGUGGCAUCGGUUAUGUCAGAGAUUCGGGUGUACCUGGUUCAGAUGUGUUGUGUUUGACGUUGAAUAGUCUUGGAAUCCAGACGUGUGGUGAGAAUGAUGCCACAAACUGGAGGAUUCAGGACUGCUCUCCAUCCAAAGUGCAGACUGAAGUCCAUCCAUUCGGCUGGUAUGAAAAACCAGUGAACCAGUGGACAAAAAGUCCCAGUGUGUGUCCACGAUUCAGUCUCCGCUCUCCCUCAAAGAAUGUUGAUCUACAGAAGUGGAAGCAGUUGGAUUCCUCCUCUGUCCAGGUGGAUUCAUCUCUGUCCGACUUUGACAUCGUCCACAUCAGCAGAGAUAUAGCAGAAGACAUGGAUAAAGUCAAAGACUGGUGUUUUUCUGCCUGUGAGGAGAGUGAGUCCUGUUCAGCUGUGUCCAUCCAUGGCAGAGAGUCAGCCGUGAGAUGCGUGAUGUAUCCAGACAUGCACACAUGCCUUCCCACAAACAGUGGCCAGCGCUGCUCGCUAGUUAUAAAAGAGCCUGCUGAUUCAGUUUAUAUCAGGACAGGUUUAGAGGCAGAUCUGACAUCUGUUUCCAUUCCUGAUCACGGAACACUCAUUGGAGGAAGUGAAGUGAAACCAAUAAUUGGCUCAGAUAGCAAGCGUGUGUCCUAUUUCCGGGGUGUCCCUUAUGCUCGUCCACCCAUCAGAGAGCUCCGUUUCAGCCCUCCGCAGCCUGCUGACUGGACCAGCACCUGGAAUGCCACAUUUUCCAGACCCAGCUGUCUUCAACCAGGUGACAUCAGUGACUCUUCCAGUGAAGACUGCCUGUACCUAAAUUUAUUUGUACCUAGCAGUACGAGAAAGGAUGCAUCGGUUCUGGUGUUUUUCCAUAACUCUGGAUCAGAUCUCUUAGAUGGUUCUUACCUGGCUGCUGCCGGCAACAUAAUUGUAGUGACAGCCAGUUUUAGAGUGGCUGCUUUUGGAUUCCUUAGUACAGGUUCUAACGCUUUGCCAGGGAAUUAUGGGCUGCAGGACCAGGCAGCUGUAUUGGGUUGGGUUCAGAAGAACAUUGCUUUGUUUGGAGGAGACCCAACUAAAGUCACAGUUGGCGGAGAGAGAAACGGAGCCGACGUCGCGAGCCUUCAUCUCACCUCACCUUCAGCCUCAUCGCUAUUUCGUCGGGCGUUACUCAUGGGUGGAUCAUUGUUCUCUCCAGCUGUUGUGAUGAGUGCAUUUAAAGCCCAAGCUCAAACUGCAUCUCUUGCUAAAGAGCUCAGCUGCACUGCCUCUGAUAUCACACAGUUACUGACCUGCCUGAGAAACCAACCAGCUCAGAGCAUCAACGCUGCCCAAACCAAGUUGUUAGCUGUAAGUGGACCAUUCCAGGCUUGGUCUCCUGUGGUGGAUGUCACAGUAGUUAGAGAAAAUCCCUCUGCAGCCCUUAAGUCUGGACGCUUCCACAGAGCAGACGUACUGCUGGGAUCAUCGGUUGAAGACGGCCUUAUCAGUAGAGCGAAGAACAUCAAGAAUUUUGAGCAACUACAGGGAAGGACUGACAGUAAAACAGCGUUUUAUGAGGCUCUGUCUAACUCUCUGGGAGGAGAUGAUGCGAAUGCUUUCGUGAAGGAAGCAGCGACCUGGUUUUACGCUUUGCAACACUCCCCUACGGCUUCGGGAUACAGCGUGUUCUCUCGUGCCCUGGAAAAUGCCACAAGAGAUCUCUUCAUCAUCUGUCCCGCUGUGGACAUGGCCGAAUUCUGGGCAUCAAACACUCAGUCCAGCGUUUACCUGUACCACCUGCCGGAGGACACCGCCUCGAACAGUGUCGAUCUGUCAGUUCCCAUGGAUGUGCAGUAUCUGUUCGGGGUUCCUCUUGACCCGGAGCAGCAGGACCUCUUCAGCUCUGAGGAGAGAACGCUGAGCCUGCAGAUCAUGAACUACAUGGCAAACUUCAUUAAGUCUGGAAACCCAAAUUUGCCUCUUGCUGCAUCUAGGACAUCCUUCAGUAAAUUCUUGCCCCCAUGGCCUCAGUUCAUGUCUCAUCCUGGUGGCCGGGGCUAUAAGGAAAUGUCCUCCACACUCAAUAACCACAAGAACCUUCAGAACCCUCAAUGUUCCUUCUGGUCUCAAUAUGUGCCUGCUCUGAUGACCUCGACUGCCAAACUCUCCUGUGGAACAUCAGCAGGAGAUAGAGGAGGUAUUCAGACUCCAACUCAAGAGCCAAAGCCGCUAGCAGACUCCAGCUUCUUUCUGACUCCAAGCAAACCCAAAUCGGAGAAGGAUGCUUACAGUUAAAAUAUGAAUGAUUUAAUUUUCAUCUAAUUUCAAUUUCAGAUCAAAUUCAAUUUCAGCACAUUGACAUGUAAUUUGUGUAGUUCUGUCUUUUAUGAUUAUAAAUCAAUGACCAUUGUAUCCAUUGUAGAAUGUAAACAAUAAACUGCAUUAAAGACUA